AGUUUAGUCCAGCGGCGGCUGCGGGCGAAUCUCCGACUCUCUCCGGGGCUGCGGCGGCCGUGUCGCUUCGGGAUCCUGAUCGGCAUGGGGACCAAGGCGAGAGCCGAGAGGAAACAGUUGCUUCUCUUCACGUCGGUCAUCCUGGGCUCCCUGGCAUUGGGCAGGGGCGAGGUGUUUACUUCUGAGCCUCAUGUCAGAGUUGCUGAGAACAAACCCGCUAAGUUGUCCUGCUCCUACUCCGGCUUCUCCUCUCCCCGCGUGGAGUGGAAGUUCACCAAAGGCGGCAUCACCAGACUCGUUUGUUACAACAACAAGAUCACUGCUUCCUACGAAGACCGAGUCACCUUCUCACACAGUGGCAUCACUUUCCACACGGUGACCCGGAAAGACACGGGGAUGUACACUUGUAUGGUCUCUGAAGAGGGCGGCAACACGUACGGGGAGGUCAGCGUGCAGCUCACGGUGCUUGUGCCUCCGUCCAAGCCCACGGUCAACGUCCCCUCCUCGGCAACCAUCGGCAACCGGGCAGUGCUGACCUGCUCAGAGAAGGAUGGCUCCCCGCCUUCUGAGUACUACUGGUUCAAGGACGGGAUCAUGAUGCCUUCGGAGCCCAAGGGCAACCGCGCCUUCAGCAACUCUUCCUAUAGCCUGAAUCACAAGACAGGGGAGCUGGUCUUUGAUCCCGUGUCGGCCUAUGAUACUGGGGAAUACACCUGUCAGGCGCAGAACGGGUACGGGACGCCCACGAGGUCGGAGGCCGUGCGUAUGGAAGCCGCGGAGUUGAAUGUGGGGGGCAUUGUGGCAGCUGUCCUUGUCACACUCAUUCUCCUUGGAUUCUUGAUUUUGGGCAUCUGGUUCGCCUAUAGACGAGGCUACUUUGACAGAGCAAAGAAGGGGACCUCGAGUAAGAAGGUGAUCUACAGCCAGCCCGCGGCCCGCAGUGAAGGGGAAUUCAGACAGACCUCGUCAUUCCUGGUGUGACCCUCCCCCAACUCCUCUCCUGUCCUCCGUGCUUGCCUCACUCCGGUGCUACCAGACUCUGGCCCUGCAUCCGCAGGAUACCUAAUGUGUCUUCUGGCCCCCACGUUUCUCUUAGUUAGGAUGUGGUUUUUUUUUUUUUUUUUUAAUUUUAAUAAUGUCGGCUACGUACCUCCUCUUCUUGGAUCCCUCCCUCCUUUCCCCGCCACUGCUGCGGGGCCUGGGACUUCUUUACAGCUGUCGUCCCCCAUCCCUAGGAGGGAUCGGACCGCAGUCCUGAGUGCGGUCGAUGCCCCUUGACUUCCCUCCCAAAUAUGUGGCAACCGUGGCAAGACCCUCGCUGCCCCCUGUGUGUGCCCCUCCCCCCAAUAGGGUCUGGAGCUUAGUCCCCCCGCCUUUUCCUCCCAUGGUGAGGAGGCACCUGCUACUGCAGAGUGGGGACUGGAGACCACACUGCUGGAGAGGUGGCUUGGUGACAUCGCCGGGUCCCUGCCGCCCCUGCAGCCCCCUUUCCUCUGCCUUCCCACGGGAAGUGCCACUGAGACCCUCUCACGCCGUCCUGAUCGGAAGCAGACAGACACCAGCUGUGUCUGUAGAAAAAAACAGGAGCUUUGCCAUGGAGAGCACGGGCAGGUGCAGGGGACACGGAGCAGAAGAGGUUUAAAACCGUUGAUGUAAAGACAAGGAAGCUGGAGCGUGUAGCUCUGACCAUCACCCUUCCGUUGGCUGGAACAAGUGGACGGACCCUUUUAAGAUGUGUCUGCAGGGCUGUGCGGAUGUGUGUAGUGGUCUUAGCUCUCUGUUAUGGGGGUGUGCGUGUGUGCGUGCGUGUGUGCACAUGUGUUCUUAGCUCUCUGCUGAAAUCCGGUGUGUGUUGGAGGGUUUCUUUGCUCUUUGGUGAGACUGUUGUGUGUUUGGAUGUAGCCGGAAAUAACAACGUGGUUUGUCACAGCUUCUUAGUGGAAGUUGGGGAAAUGAGGUGCCUGGGCACCUCAUUCAGGGAAGAUCCCUGAAGCCCUGCUUCCCAGCAACUGGGCUGGUCCUGGCGCCCUGUCCCCCCCUCUUCCUGGUUACAGUCUCAAGGUGGAGCUUCUGAACUUUGGACCCUCAUUCCAGAGCCGUCUGGUGGCGGGGGUAGUGUCCUCCAUUGGGGGAGUGCACCCUGAUGAAGGUGAUGCUGUGCGCCGGGGUUCUACCUGGUCUGGUCCCCUGAGCGGAGAAAGUGCCCACCCUCCCCCCUGUGCCAACCAGACACGCUGAUAGACUUCUCAAGGAAACCUGUCCAGAGCAGUAAAAUAACCGGUGCUUCCCUGGAGCUGAGUUGGGGGGUGAGGAGCUGUUUAAAGGAAAGGUAAUUUGAGACCAGGUCAUCAGGUCAUCUGUGUGAGUGACCGGAAGGGAGGCGUGCCUGACAUUGCUUCCUUUGUGCAUCUGGACCCCUUUUUGCCCUUAAAUUUCUGUUUCCCCCUCGACUAUCGUCAUCCAGUCUAUUUAUUAAGUAGCCAGAGGGUAAGGAAGGGGUCUUCGACGGUUGAUUUUGCUUCUUUCCGGGGGGACGCUAAGGCCCACUUUGCCAUGCUUUAUUCCCUUAUCUGGAAAUCCCUAAAAGAACUGAGUUUCCUAUCAAAUCCAAAAGGAAAAAACAAACCAAGCCAAACCAUCAGUUAAGGGUCAUGCUCCAAUGAAAAAUCCAUCUUUCAGAUGGAAAUAAGAUUUAAUUCAAUAGUAAAGUAGAGGUGAUGAAAUGGUUCAGUAAGAAAGAGAUUUCUAAGUAUGCUUCAGCCCCCUGGUUGGGAGAUGGCGUGGGAGGGACACGUGACAAGGCCCCAGGGACACAGAAGUGACUCAUGGCCCCUGCACGUCUGAGCUGAACAGUUCCUCACUCCCUCGGUCACUUGUGAUGGGCGUACGUCAUUUAUUUUACCAGCUUGGAAUUUACCUCUCCACCUUACCGCGGCCCCUUUGAGUUGGAAAACACCCUGCCUGCUUUCAUUUUGAAAUGUCAGAACUCAUUUUUGUAAUAAAUGUUUAUUUUUCACGUUGA